AUGAUUUACUCACCACUAGAGCAAUUCGAAUUAAAACCAUUAUUAAUAAUAAAUGGUAAUAUAACAUUUAGUAUAACUAAUUAUGUAAUAUAUUUAAUAUUAGUUAUAAGUUUUAUAUAUGGAUAUUUAGCAUUAACAAAAGGAGUUAAAUUAGGUUGAACACGUUGAGGUGUAGCAAUAAAUGCUAUAUAUGAUACAGUUUUAAAUAUGGUUAAUUCACAAGUAGGUAAUAAAGGAGGAUAUUAUUUCCCAUUAAUAUUUACAUUAUUUAACUUUAUAUUAUUAGCUAAUUUAAUAUCAAUGAUACCUUAUUCAUUUGCUAUAUCAGCUCAAAUAGUUGCUAUAGUUUCAUUAAGUUUAUCAUUAUGAUUUGGUGUUACUAUUAUUGGUUUAAACAAACAUGGUUUAACAUUCUUUUCAUUAUUUGUACCAAGUGGUACUCCUUUACCUUUAGUUCCUGUAUUAGUAUUAAUCGAAACUUUAUCAUAUAGUUCAAGAGCUUUAUCAUUAGGUUUACGUUUAUCAGCUAACGUAUUAUCAGGACACUUAUUAAUGUUAAUUUUAGGUUCAUUAAUAUUUAAUUUAAUGUCAGUUUCAUUAUUUACAUUUAUAGGAGGUAUUGUACCUAUGAUAGCAGUUAUAGCAAUUAUUAUAUUAGAAGUUGCUAUUUCUAUGAUUCAAAGUUACGUUUUCUGUAUCUUAUUUAGUGGAUACUUAAAAGAUUCUAUUGAUCUACAUUAG